CCCGCCUUCAGCCGUAUAUAAGCCAACCCGCCCAGCUUUCCAGCAUUAUUCUCUCGUCCUUACGCUCAGAAGCAACAUCAACUCGGCAACAUGCGUUCCCUCGUCAUCAUGAGUGUAGUACUUGGCGUGGCAUUCGGCCAAGGAUUUCCUCGCGAGACUCCUGAAGUACAUGCUGCCAGAAAUGCCUUCAUCCUGGAGUACAACCGCCUGGCGGAACUAGCGGCCCUGGCACCUGACAUACACAUCUAUCACGCAACUCCCCGCCCUGGUGCAGCCCAUACAUCCCUCCCCAGUCACGUCGCUGCCCCUCCAGCCUUCAACGCCUACUCCUUCUCAGCUAGCUUGGGCGGCAACCAACAGUUCAUUCCUGGCCCUAACACCUUUCCCUCCACUGGACACCAUGCUGGACAUCUCGCCGGACAUCUCGCCGGACACCACGCAGGACACCGGGCAGGACACGUCCCCGCCCCUCAGCCAGCCACUCACCGCUUUGCUGCUUCACCUGAUACCAUCAGUAAGUGGACGGGUCCCCUAGCGGACGAAGUGCCCGCAGGCGUCCAAGGUAACGUACAGGACACCGCUAAUGUAGCCGCCGCCAAGGACGCCCACUUCCGCGCCCACGCCGCCGCCCUGGGAAUUAGGGUGUAAGUUGUCCGUCCAUUAUCUCAUAGGGAGAUCCGGGGAGGCCUCGUCAGCAGGCAGUCCCCAUCAUCCCGUGCCAAAGAUGAUCGUUAUGCUUCUGAAAAUAAUCUCUAUCUUUUGUACAAUAUAACUCUAUCGACUUAA